AGUAAGGGUGCCUCAUUACUGUAAUUCCUACAAUCAGUCGGUUCGACUAGCCCUAAUGAGAGGAUUAUAUAUUACCCUAUUGGCCAAAUUUGAGGUUUCCAGUUUAUCCCCUCCCUGGGACUCCGCCAAUGACAAGUUGCUGGGCUAACCCAGGUCUAAAAUCAGAUGCGUAUGUACUUGUUGAGUAGUCGGUACCCGAGAGCCGAGGUUGCGAGUUUUUGUGUCAAUAGUUAUGGCGACGAUUGUGUACCCCGAUCGUGUGAAAAUAAACUUACCGCUCAAUUUCGGGGCUUUAUUUCUUUUGCAAUAAUCAUUGUAUCUCUCUUGUACGUCUUUUGACAUGAUCGGCGAAUGAUAAUUGUAUAUUUUUAAUAAUUCGCUACGUAUGAACAAAAUCACCCACACGCUUCUCUAGAUAAUUACUAUAAAAACACCCCCCGGUCGAAAAAUGUCAAAGCUUUUCCAGCUUCUCACUGAUUCAAAGGUCACGGGGUACGAAAAUGAAAUCGAAAAAAUAAUCAACGACUUGGAUUGCGAGCAGAAAAUAAUCUUGAAACAAGAGCCAUGUAAAGAUUCUUGCACGAUGAGUAAAAAUAGUUCCAGCGGUAACGACAUCGAAAACUCUGAUGCAGAUUCCAAACCUUGCAUCAGAGAAUUAAGCGGGAUUCCUGAAAAUUUGAACGGAGAUAGAAAAAUUAGGGAAAGCACGGAAGAAACUAAUAAUCAAGUAGCGUUGAUUACACCAAAACGAGAGAAAAUUCAAUACAGUUGCAGAUUCCCCAAUGAUCCUGCUGGGGUCUCUAUGUGGAAACCGAAUGCCAAUACGCUCGGAGGAUGCAGCGGUGGCAAUGAUUUUGGUGAAGGGAAAUCCCAAUUCGUGCGACCACAGAGACAGGUUUUUGUUUUCUCUACGCUGAUAGCGAAUACAGGUAGCAAAGCUGUUCUGCGAGGCGACUUUCCAUCAAUCGUAGCUUACUACUCUGCGCAACUACAGCGAAAAAUGUCGCUCGAGAAAGAUAAAAUCAUGAGAAACAGAGCUGGUCAUCUUCGUGCUUGGUCUAAUAACUUCAAUGCUCCUAUGUACGAUCAAAACAAUCAAGAAACCUGCGGCAACAGCUCUACCUACAAAAUCCAAGAAUUGACAGAUCAAAAUCCGAAUCAUUCACCGUUUAGGAACGAACCGUCUGCAAAUAAUUUUCAAAACUUGAACAGUGAAAAUUCGUUUGGUAAUACCGAAUCAUCGAUCGACCAUACCAUCAAUAACGUAGUGAGUUCUCUGCCCAGUCCCUAUUCGAUCACCGACUCUGUUAACUCAAGUCCUAACUGGCCGCAGCCUUCGUUACGGGGAGUCAAAGCACCCAACGGGGUUUUGAUUCUGCGACAACGUAUAUAUCGAGAAGCACAAUUGGCCAUACUACGAAGGGCACAAGCUAUAAUAUUUAACAAGUGUAAGAAAGUGACUGAUAGACCAGCCCAGGUCUCAGCGCAGAGCACUCAGUCGCAGCCAUUCAGACAUAGUGACAAAAAUUCACCAUCCGACAGACCAGUGGAUGAGCUUGCGGCCAAUACCGAAUGGGACGACAUUAAAAGUCAGCUUUUCGACUUGGACAAUAAGGUAUCGGCUGACAAUUCCAGUCCAGUGACAUUGAGUGACAGAAGUCUAACUGCCGGUUCAACAGGCCAAGGCCCUUCACCCCCUCACCAUCGACCAAAGAGACCAUCGAGCCCGCUUAUCACCUUGCUAGGUUCAACCCCAUCGUUCUCCAAUAACCGAACCAGCAAUUUAUCUCUCUCUUCACUUUCCGCCAACUCAGGCGAAAAUUCAUCAGUUCAUAAAAGCAGGCAUGUUCACUGUGUUAGGCAAAGAUCAGGAUUAUUGCCACUGGAGAGUCGGAUUACUCAGGAGUCCCCGAGCUGCGGCGCUGGCAAUGCUCCCCCCAGAAUUGACAGAUCUUUGAACCACAGUAACUCUGAAACACCGGCGUCUUACCCUCACCUUUUGGGAUUCACUCCUGGUCCACCUUCGAUGCAGAAACAGCCCAUCGACUUAAUAUCACGUCAUUCACCGAGCGUGGAUGACAUACUUUGUCAGACUUUAGAAGCGGUCAGUCGGGAACAGCGGGAGCAAGUUGGGACUGCUACGGAUACCAAGGACGGGAAUCUGAUGCCAGUGCCAAGACUCCAACAGGAGUUAACUGAGACAAUCACUAGAUCGAAAGAUACUAACUCGUCUUCCAACACCGGCCAAAUUAGAAAACUGCCAGACGUCGGUAGCAAUCAAUGCUCCGCAAGCGGCAUGGGGGUGACGAGUCCUCUGUCGGAGAUCAAUGAUCGUGGAUUCGGGGGUCUACUUCCGAACCCUCGGAGUCCUCGUACUCCUCGUACCCCCACUAAUAACACGUGGUACUGGGUGUCCGAUUUCUCAACUACCAUUCAGGCUGGCAGUGGAAAGACAUCGAGCAGUCAGAACAGCCCAGCAGCCCCUCACGACAAAGGUCUAAUUGACUGCAUGGGGCGGCCGAAGAAGUCCUCACCUUCCUCGAACAAAAGGCAGCCAACAAAUCUGAAAACCCCAUUGCAGUCUACUCCUCUGGACUCGUCCGGCAGCUAUCGAGACCACGUGCUCAUCAGUGAGCAGCACGAGAACCUUCCACUUAACCCGAACAACGUCGAUGACUGUCAUCUGGGUACUCCGGAGUCCGUAAGUACGGACCAUUUCGACCCGAUCACAUCACUGGCUCAAAUGAGCGAGCUACUACCAAAGAGUACACUGAUGUCCAACCUGCGCGAGAUGUGCUCCGAAAAUCCGUUUCGCAAGCCGGUGCGGAAACGCCCGCCGUGCCCCGUGAAUCCCAAAAAAAAUGCGGACGUCCCACGAUCGGAAAGGGAGCACGGGGAUUCCACCAAGUCCGCCGACUGCGUGCCAACCGGAGAUAAUCCGGCUUCUGCAGCCGAACCUGCAGGAAACUCGGAGAUCCCCAACAUAGCGUCGGCUAAACAGACUAUGGAAUCCGCCGCGAUGCAUACGGCCUCAACCUCUAACGGGGAACCACAAGGCGUUAUCAGAUUAGCGGAGCCCAGCAUGCCAUUGCCGGCCGCAAAUUUAUAAUAUGCCUGGGAACUAGGGCGUCGUCAUGGGGAUAAGGCCGUCGGGACCUUAUCAUCCAAUAGAUCCGAAUAUGGAGAUGGCUAGUGGCGGCUUUCAAGAUUACGCCCAGGAGUAUCAUAAUUUUGAACAACAGUUGUACGUCCUUGACAGUACGCCCAGUAACUCCCAUCAUCCCAACCUUCCACCAUGAACAAAUUCCGCUACCAUUCCGACAGAAUGGUGACCACACUGUUGUUUGGUGGGUAGAAUCAUUUCUACUCUGUCCAGUGAAAUAUUAAUUUAAAAAUCAUUCUCCCAACCCCAUAAAAUGAGGCACUUUUUACGCCGAGAGACACGACGCACAAGAAUUUUUGUGCGUGACUUGUACAUAUUACAGAAAACAAAUUUAAACGCAAUUACAGAGUUUUAUUCCGCCUUCUCUGCCCAUGAGCCUAGGUCAUCGGUUCACUGAUAAUUCGACAAGAUAAUCUACGUUGUCGAAAUAUUAAUAAUGCAAGAGAAAUGCUUACGGGAUGAGAAACAAUGACCUGAUCCCGAUGUUUCAUCUUUUCGGAGAAUAGUGAGGGACGAAAAGUGGACGUCGAGGAUGAGAGAAUGGUCUUGUCGUCAAGGAUCUUGUCUAGAUCAGUGUAGAGCUUGAUCUUCCAGUCCAGCUUCUC